GCUAGAGCAUCGCCAUUUUGUCAGGAGGCUUUUUUCCCCCCCCAGCUCAGUCUUUUUCAAAUGUUCUCCCUUCCCGCCGGAAUAAUGCUGUCAGUGGAUAUAUGUUUCAAGUUUUCGGAUUUCGAAACGCGUUUACUGAAACGGAUUAAGAAGAUCGAGAGGCCGACGUUUUAACAGAGUUGGGAAUAAUUAGGCGGCGCCGCUCUAACUCAGUUGUCCGUGUCUCUGGUCCACCGGGCCGGUUCACUGCGCAGGUUUGGACCGCGCGCCAUUUUGUGAAAAUUGACACAAAAUUCCUGACCAAAAAUUAUAAGAGGACGCUGCUUCUGUUUGGUGACUAGGAUGCUCUGGAUGUAACCGCGUUGUCGCGCCCGUCGAAGAGACCGACGCAUUGGCUGCAAAGACGGCGUUAAAUCAGAAUUUGGCGUAACGUUUAUUUAGCGGCAGCUACAGUCGUUAGCUUCAGGCUAGUAGUCAGGGCAAGCGGCUAACGUUAGCUGCGUUCAUUUUGUCAGCUAGCGCUAGUUAGCAUGUUGCUUGUCAUCAGCUGAUAAAAACAUUUGAUAAAUUUGCUUCGAUCGUGGAUGUUGGUCAUCAAAGCCUUGGACAUGAAGCGCUCACAGGAUAUGACUGACGAGGUUUUUUAAGAGUUUUUUUGCCGGCCAGAGGACGGGGGAUUGGAUUUACUCGCUAACCCGUACAGGGAGGGGAGAAUCUCGAACUGGAUAAGUUUCCUCAUCAUACAGUUUAUUGGACUUUAAAUGAAGAUCGUGCCAUCAGAGUGGGUUGUGGUUUGCUGCUGGACUCUCCUCCCAGGAUGAUAUGAAAUUUUACAGAAGAUGCAUCCAGGAGGAGAGACUUAAGCAUGCAAACCUUCGUCCGUCCGGCUUGCGCCCUCUUUUUCUUUACACACUGCUGGUCUUCAGAUGGCUGCUCCAAUGCCCCAUACGCACCAGCAGUACAGUGACCGCCACCAGCCAAGCACUGACCAAUCUGUUACGGUCUUACCGUACAGCGACCAGACACCACAGCUCACUGCCAAUCAGAGGCACAUGCCCCAGCGCUUUCGUGACCCAACUUCAGCUCCCCUGAGGAAGCUCUCCAUUGACCUUAUCAAAACAUACAAACACAUCAAUGAGGUGUAUUAUGCAAAAAAGAAGAGACGGCACCAACAGGGUCAGGGUGAAGACUCCAGUCACAAAAAGGAGAGGAAAGUCUUUAAUGAUGGCUAUGACGACGAUAACUACGACUACAUCGUCAAGAAUGGGGAGAAGUGGAUGGACCGUUAUGAGAUUGAUUCCUUGAUAGGAAAGGGGUCAUUCGGACAGGUUGUAAAAGCGUAUGACCGAGUAGAGCAAGAAUGGGUCGCCAUUAAGAUCAUCAAGAACAAGAAGGCUUUCCUCAACCAAGCCCAAAUAGAAGUGCGCCUCCUGGAGCUGAUGAACAAACAUGACACCGAGAUGAAAUACUACAUCGUUCACCUAAAGCGACACUUCAUGUUUCGGAACCACCUCUGCCUCGUGUUCGAGAUGCUUUCGUACAACCUCUACGACCUGCUCCGAAACACCAACUUCCGCGGCGUCUCGCUUAACCUCACACGGAAGUUUGCCCAGCAGCUAUGCACGGCACUACUCUUCCUGGCCACGCCUGAGCUCAGCAUCAUCCACUGUGACCUGAAGCCGGAGAACAUUCUCCUCUGCAACCCCAAGAGGAGCGCCAUCAAAAUAGUGGACUUUGGCAGCUCAUGCCAACUGGGACAAAGGAUUUACCAAUAUAUCCAGAGUCGCUUCUACCGUUCCCCAGAGGUGCUGCUGGGAAUGCCCUACGACCUGGCCAUCGACAUGUGGUCCUUGGGUUGCAUCUUGGUAGAGAUGCAUACUGGAGAACCUCUCUUUAGUGGAGCCAAUGAGGUUGACCAGAUGAACAAAAUAGUCGAGGUUCUUGGCAUCCCACCUAAUCACAUAAUGGACCUAGCCCCCAAAGCCAGGAAGUUCUUUGAGAAGCUAUCAGAUGGUACAUGGAGUGUUAAGAAGACCAAAGAUGGCAAAAGGUAUAAACCUCCAGCUUCGCGGAAGCUCCACUCCAUCCUCGGUGUGGAAACAGGGGGUCCAGGUGGCCGGCGGGCGGGGGAGUCCGGCCACGCCGUUGCUGACUACUUGAAGUUCAAGGACCUGAUUCUUCGGAUGUUGGACUACGACCCCAAGAGUCGCAUCCAGCCCUACUACGCCCUGCAGCACAGCUUCUUCAAGAAGACUGCGGACGAGGGGACCAAUACGAGCAGUAGCGUGUCUACGAGCCCCGCGUUAGAGCAGUCCCAGUCUUCGGGAACCACCUCCAGCACCUCCUCAAGUUCAGGAGGAUCGUCUGGAACUAGUACCAGUGGCAGAGCGAGAUCAGACCCUACCCAUCACCACUUGCACAGUGGAGGACACUUUGGCACGACCAUGCCUGCCAUGGAUGGUGACAGCCUCUGUCCACAGGCAAGACAGCCUUACCCACCCCCACUGGUGUGGGGAGGCGGCGUCGGACCCGAGUCAGUCACUGGAGAAACCCACCCAGUUCAGGAGACCACCUUCCACGUUCCCCCCCAGCACCCCAAGGCCCUGCACCCCCACUCCCAUUUCCACCACCACCACGGGCAGAUGAUGGCGACGCGUCCGCGCCCGCGCCACUACACCUCCCCGACACACAGCUCUUCGACGCAGGACUCCAUGGAGGUGGUGCACGGCCACCUGUCCAUGACCUCCCUGUCUUCCUCUGCCUCCUCUUCCUCGACAUCGUCCUCUUCCACUGGGAACCAUGGGAACCAGGCCUACCAGCUCCGCCACUUGCCCGCCGGAGCCCUUGACUUUGGUCAGAACGGUGGGCUGAGCAUGGGGCUAGGUGCCUUCUCGAACCCACGGCAGGAGACUGGAAUGGCAGCGCACCCUGCAUUCUCCAUGGGCACGAACACGGGGCCUGGCCAUUACCUAGCGGAAGGCCACCUGGGCAUGAGGCAGGGCAUGGACCGGGAGGAGUCUCCAAUGACUGGAGUAUGUGUGCAGCAGAGUUCUAUGGCCAGUUCGUGACUGCACUGACAAUUUGGCUGUGUGUUUUUUUUUUUCUUUCUUUUCUUUUUUUUAUUCUUUCCUUUCCCUCCUCCUUUCCCCCCGUGCGUCAUUUUUAAAGGUGGUGUUUUUUACUACAAGGUGUGUUGAGAACAAAAAGCUGCUCACGUCAGAAGGGAGAUAUCACUGAACCGCUACUACAGAGAAAAAAACAACAAACCCUUUGUUAAAAAGUAUAUAUGUAAUUUUUAUCUUUUUUUUUGUUUGUUUUGUUUUGUUUUGUUUCCUUUGCAAUCAUUAGGCACAAAAUAAUACUGCGGAAUAACCAUAGUGAGAUUGAGACAUCCAUCUUACCAUUUCACCAGUUUCAUGUAACCACAAAGUAAUCACCAUAUGGUAUUAUGUGGCAAAAAAAUGUCUUUGUUUUGAAGGAGCAUUUCAGGAGCAAAGGUCGGAGCUCGUCUCUCAGCUAGCUUGUUGGUGAAGAAAUGCUCUGGCGUCCUUUUUAGGUUCAAACUGUGGAGCGCCUGACAUUACUCUUCCACUCGGUCAGUAAUUAAUUUUGCCCUUUUUUUUUUUUUUUUUUAAAGUGAAAUUUCACAUAAAAGCUGCUUGUAAGUCCUGUAGCUUGACAACAAGGGGGAAGUGUUUUUGCGG